AUGGAAGGCGAAGGAAAACCUCCACCGUAUAAUUAUGGAGCAAUUUCUACAGAUGCUAAUUACCAUCAGCCACCACCACCUUACCCCGCUGGAGGUAAGUACGUAAGUUGAUAAUAGUACUUUUUCAGAUUGUGAAUAUGAACGGUAUGGGCACGUAUAUUAGCUUCAUCGAUCGAGCUCAGAGCUGAAGUUCUUUUCUAAUGUACGAGAGCUGUGCAAAAGGCAAUAUUUAAGACGGUUAACCUUUUACAGUAGAUACGGUAAUUCAGUGAUUAGUACCUUUACUCAUUCGAUUCGUCUUUAGCUUUUACCUAUUUAUGGAGGCUUACGUUACCAGUUUCAGUUUUAGUCGUCGAUUGUACUCGUACCAACGAGUGGAAAAGUAAAGAUUAUUCGCUACGAACGUGCAGCAAACGUCUCGUUUUGGUUUAAAUUAUCCCUUUUAUCGGAGUUUCUACUGUCGUCUUUACUUUAGUCUCCUUCAAUUUGGAAAGCGUGGAGCUCGAGGGCUGGAACAUUGCUCAUUUGUUUUGGUUAAGAAAAUCGGAGUGGGACAGUUUGCAUUUUAAUUAAUAGUCGAAACCCUCAGAGUCAGCAGAAUUUUUUUACUGAAGCCCCUGUGCAGAAUUUAAUAGCCCAGUUGUCCUAGAGUUGUCAAGGGUUACUUUGGUCAUUGAUUUGAAUUUGAACGCUUUGGCUACAUGGCCGGUAACCGGUCAAGGUUUUCAAAACACUAAAUGACCGGCAGUCCUAUAUUUUAAGUAAAUUUCACAAAUCGAAAAUAUCCAGCUAAACCAAACCAUCAUAUCAGGGGCACCCAACAAGAAUAUUAUGUUCAAAACCACUUAAACAUAGCAUUGUUAAACGUAUUUUAGUAUUUAAACGGUAGAUUUGGUAUAUUUUUAUCCCCUAAAACUUUUUCAUCUGUUCGGAUCACAGGCAACCCAGGCUCAUUGUUUGUGUUACGUACGGGUUUCAUAACUUGAGUAAAUAUAGAGAACAUAUGGGGCGAAGUUUAGGUCUGGAAAUUUGCUAGAAAAUGGAAAUAAAAAUCGAUGAAACUUACCAUGUGGCAAGGUGUUGUUGUCCUUAAUAUGCACACAAAGUUUCAAGAAAAAUAGUCUGCUUAAUCUUUCCUACAUAGUAUAGUGGUAAGGUAGGAGGCUGACUGUUGCUUCGCAGCUCCGAUCAACCCCAAACCAGCACUAUUUUUUUGGCGAACUUCAAAUCCAGUCGCUGAAUAAACACACCAGGCUCGUGGAACAUGAAUUUCUCUAAACCCUGAAACCACUGAAGCAUCUUCAGCCAUCAACGCAAAGCCAGCGGAACUCUUAAGUUAACUUACUAAAAUGGCAGCCUGAAGCUGUCAGGAUCGCAACUGGUCCAAUGGAGCUUGGGGCGCCUGGUGACGAGUAUAUUAAGUCCCCGUGGAGGGAAGGGAGUCCCAGAGUACUCAAAAAAAUGUAUUCGUCGUCUGAUUACACACUUCCCUCCACAGGGACUUAUAUAUUAUACUCGUCACCUGGUGCCCCAAGCUCAGUGCCAUUUUUGAAUUGGACUAGUUGGGAUCUAGCAAAUUUCCAGACCUAAACUUCGUCCCAUAUGUUCUCUUUAUUUAUUCAUGUUAUGAAACCUGUCCGUGACACAAACAGUGAGCCUGGGUUGCCUGUGUUCGGAUUUCCUAGCUGAAAGUCUAGUAAUCCGAAAAUAAUCGGGAUCAAAACUUACCUUUUCGAAAAUUACAGCGCGAAAAAAGGCUCCUGAAAAUUGUAGGUGACCUUUUUUAAGGUAAAAAUCAGUUAAAAAUGGGGAAUUAUACCUUUUUUUAGAUGUUUGAAAAUCCUAGGAGAGGUAGGGAAGCAAGAAAUUUUACAAAAAAUGUUCCAAAAAUUCUAGAUCUCAAAUUGUCUUCCGAACAGAUAUUUUCCCAAAAUUGACGUUGGGUGCCCCUGUCAUACCUCGUGAUCCUGAUCAAACCAGCGGGUUUUUGGGAUUUCUUUAUCAUGUUUUUGUUGGUUGCGAGUAUCUUGAUGUUUGUGACUAUUUUCUGUCCAAAGCAUGGCGUAACAAUUGACGUUUAACGUCAUAUCAGCUUGACCUUUCAUACGGCCACGGCGGAAAACCGGUGGGAAAAAUCUCCAUGCGUUAGUGUCACAAAACAUGGUUUCAUUUUCUGAACCCAGGGAAUCAAAUGCUAAACAUGAAUUCUAUAAAGCAUUUCAGGAUCGCUUGAAUUUUCUUAAUCGACAUAUGAUAGUUUGGCUUGGCUGGGAUCCUUGGAUAAGUCAAAUUUAUUGAAAAUGCCGGACUGCCAAUUAUUUAGUGUUUUGAAAACCUUGACCAGCAGUCGACCUGAAAAAGUAUCAAAGGAAAAAAAACAGCAAGGGGUGACGGGCCGCACAUCUUCACCAGCGCGAGUCCUUUGGAAACUUUUUACUUAUUGCUUGAUUUUUUUCUUAAUCGCUUUUAAAAUCAACAUAUGAUAGUUUGGAUUGUUUGGGAUUCUUCGAUAAGUUGAAUUUUUGGAAAAUACUGGACUGCCAGUCAUUUAGUGUUUUGAAAACUUUGACAGGCAUGUCGACCUGAAAAAUGUUCUAAGUAUCACAAAACAUGGCUUCGUUUUCUGAGCCUAGCAUAAACCAAAUGCUAAACUUGAGAUCUAUAAAGCGUUUCAGAAUCGCUUGACUUUUCUUGAUGGGCAUAUGAUGGUUUAGAUUAGCUGUUUUUUUUUAUUUGUGAAAUUUACAGCUGCUGCUGGUCAUUUAGUGUUUUGAAAACCUUGACCGGUUACCGGCCAUAUAGCCACAGCAAAUUUGAAACUUAGGCUGGCCUGCAUUAAUAAGCUUGUAGAAAAAAAACAAAAAAUAUAAAAAAAGAGUUUAAAAAAUGGUGUCAGAGCUAUUUUAUCUCAAGGUAUGGCUCUAAUAUUGAUGUAUUCAACAAAUAGAUUUCAUAUUCAUUACAGAAAGUCUGAUGAUGUCAAAAUGUUGUAAUAACAAAAAGUGGUCAACAAACCGCAGCAAAAGUUGGUCUCUAUUGUCCUUAACACAUUUUGAUGCCUUCCAUAAUCUGCUUAACUAUCAGAUGUGAUGUUCAGUUUUGAUGUCAAAAUGUGUGAAGGACCAAACAUUGGUGCACAAGGUGUAGAUAAGGGUGCCACCAAUGUAAAUCACAAUAAUGACCAUCAAAGACAAAUGUUUUUAGUAUAUUCGGUAUGAAAAUACUGUAAAAGUCUUGUAUUUUUGUAAAUAACAAAUAGACCACAAGUUUUGUAUAGUUUAUGCUGUUUUAUGUAUAGAUCACAUUGAAACGAUAUUCUACAUCUUGAUGGGAUUUCUAUGAUCGAUAAUUGUGUGGACAAAAUUGAUAAGUUUUGUCUUUUUACAAUAACAUUUAUUUUUGAAUGGCAAAAACAAGGAAAACCAUAUUGCAAUAUCAUUGCACUGUUUAUACUCUCAUAGACAUGAGCACAUUGUAUUUUUUCGGUUAAAAGGCACACUCAUUAUAAGACACAUCCUAAACUUUUCAACAUGAUUUUCUAAGUUAUAAGGCAAAGCAGUGGAUUUUGGCAAUGGUCACCUUAACUACAGUAACACACUAUAUGCAAUUCACCUCUGUGAACAAAAGAGGAAAAGGUUACAUAUUUCGAUCAAAAGCAAAAAAAUCACACCUAUCAACACAAAAUCCACUGUUUUCUAAAACUGAGAAUACUUGGGGAAUCUGUUUUUGUUCCAUAAACAAAUUAGCUGUCUUGGUUGUGGCAUAGUGACAUAAUUGGUACAUGCAUUGGUAGAAUCAAGAUAAAAUUGAUCAAGUAAUACAUGCUGAGCCUGAAUAUUUUGUAAAUUAACUACCAAAUCUGGUAAAAUUAAGCCCUUGUUCAUGAAAAUGACGAUGAUAAAAGAGCUCUCACAGUUCUAUCAACAGAUUUGGGAGCUUUCUUCGGAAAAUAAAGGUCUGAAACAAGAGCAAGAUCGCAGUAUAGAAAUAACUGUAAACAAACUGCCAUCUUGGGUCAAGCACAUCCUCAAAAAUUUGCUCGGUUACCAAGGAUCAACAUUCAGUUCAAAAUGAUCAAUGCCAGAUGAUUAGUUUUGAAUGUACUGAUUCAUUUUUCGUUUAAUACCAGCUUUAAUAGAAGAUGUAAAAGUCAUUGAAAACCAAUAACAAAAAAGAGGAUGAGCAGCUAGAGCUUUUAGAGUCAAAAAGUUGACUCAAUUUUGUUUUGAUGCCUGAAGAUACUUGGUUAUAAGACGCAUCCCAAAAUUACAACAAACUUAAAGCCAUAAAACAAAAUUUUGUUGAAAAGUCCUGUGCCUUAAAAGCGAAAAAAUACAGUAUUAUCCACUGCUAUUCACCUCAGCUUCUAUUAAUGAUUUCAUAUUCUAAUUCUAAUGAUAUCCUGUGUCCUGUAGGAACUUAUCAAGGGGGCAUGGGAAAACCUGGACAAUACCCUCCUCAUCCACAACCUUACCCCCAGCCCUACCAACCUUCCCCACCAGUUGGACAGCCUACCACCACUACAACCAUCAUUACCCCUCCAGGUCCUGUGUAUGUCAACAUGGUCUUUGGAGAGUCGCCUGUCAGCAUGGUUUGUCCUCAUUGCCAGACACAUAUCAUAACUUGUACAACAUAUCAAGAUGGGACCUUGACUUGGCUUGCUUCUGGAGCUCUUUGUCUGUUAGGGUAAGAUACUCCUCUCUCAAUGAGCUCCUGUAUAAGAUGUCUGCCUAAAAUGGACACCUAGAAUAAUGUUGGUCCCUGGCAAAUAAAAUAAACACAGACAAAAAUCUAGACGGCUUAGUAAAUUACUUUCCCACGAUUUUAAGAUCAGCAUCGGGGAAAAAAAAGAAAAAAUUACCCAUAAUUUUCUGACAAUGUUAUCCCCCUAAAAUGAUGAAGUUUCCAUCAACAAGUGUCUGCCCUACUUAACACAGAGCCACAGAAACUAACUGUAAAAUGGUUGGGUAGGGGCCCAUAUGAGAGAUUUACUGGCCAAAGGCAAUGUUCAAGCUACUUUUGAAAAAUGAGAAUUGUAGAAAAGUCAAGACUCCGGGUCCAAAAUUAACAUUUUGGUACAAGUGCCAUCUGGCAAAUUAGCAAAAAUUUUCGGUCUCCAGAUGGCAUAAUGUGGUUGCUGGCAUUUUUAAGUAAGGGUAUUGGCCAUACUGCUUUUUGUACUCUUUUCAUUGUAAGAUAUUACCGUUACUCCUCUCACUGCUUUUCCAUGCGUUAGUUUGUUUAUAUGGUGGCAGUCUCAGGACCCAAAAUUGUGAUCAGCUGGUCGCUAAUGUGCCUAGAAAUAAAUAUUGAGAGCUGGCGACCACAAUUUCAAUGCUAGUCGCCAGCAGGCAACUGAAUAAGUUUUGAAAAGCAGUUCGAGAAUCAGGUGAUAUUGCUUUGUUAAAGUUUAAGUUAUGUGUACAGUAGGUCCACAUUGGCCUAUAGCUGCCUUUUUCUUAACCUACUCAAAUAAAGUGAAUUUUUUAAAAAUAUUUUUUCCUUUUUUUCCCAAAAGCUGCUGGCUGGGUUGCUGUUUGAUCCCUUUCUGUUUGGAUGGCUGCAAAGAUGUCAUCCACUCUUGUCCAAACUGUCAUGCAAGGCUUGGAAGCUACCGCCGAAUGUAG